AUGUCAAUAAUUAUUAUGACAUUGAUUAUAUAAUCCACCAUUGUGUCGAUAUAUAAUGGUGUUACGUAAACUGAGUAAAGUUACUUUUUACUAUUGGAUAUACUCUUAUUUUUGGGACAAUAUGGGUAAAACUUAAAGUUGAUUCUAUUAAUUGGUAGUAUAUGUUUGUCGAAUGAAUUGCUAAUUGCGGAUGAGGAUGUAAAUUUUAUAUUAAUGUAGAUUAAAUGUUAUUAUAUGAGUAUGCGAUUUGUUCUUAGUGCCAAUGUACUAUUGGAAAAACAAAAAUCUAUUUACUUUUUAAGCUGCCUCUUUUAUUUACUUUUCAGGUCCCUUUUAUACUUAUAACCAUUGUCGUAUUUGACUAUCUUUGGAUAUUUAAUGAUUUUGAUCUAAUGUAAAGUUUUGAAUAAUGCAAAGGUCUUUCUCAAAAUAUAGGUGAUGGAAAAUCUAAGAAUUACCAGACACAAUAAAUUUUUGAGUUUUUCAAAGCAAGUCUCCCUCUUCCUAUUUGUAUAAUUCAAAAUAAUUAAUUUUUAUUUAAAACUGAUUAAAAUCACUCCUUAGAUUAUAAGACUGAUAUCUUCAGAAAAGAAUAAGGAUAGCAUAACCAAUUAUAUAUCAAAUAAGAGAGCAAAUACCAAUAAAUCAUUCACGUAUGAAGCAAGAAAGAGAUUGAAUAAUUGCAACGUCUUGUAAAAUGAUAGUCAAGCUGAAUUCUAUUGCAAUGUUAAAAACUACUUUCCUGUGGAUAUAGAAGUUGCAGAAAUAAUUUGGGAAGAAUAACCAGCUACAAUGCUCGUUUUUUAAACUUAAGAAUAGAGAUAAGAUAAGAAUUAGAUUAACGAUUUAAAGUAAAAGGAUUAGUAUAAAGACGAGAUGUUGGCAAGUGUAUCACAUGAUUUCAAAACACCAAUCAAUGGGAUAGUCGCUAUUGUGUAAUUUUUAGAAUCGAUUGUAGUUGACUAAAAUGAGCUUAAUUACUUAAAAAUAUUAAAGAAAUGGGCAUAACUAUUGUUAUUUAUGAUUAGCGACAUUUUGGACUUCUCUAGAAUUCAAAACAAUACUCUAAGAUUAACUAACACUACUUUUUAUAUCUAAGUUAUUGUCUAAGAGAUUAUUGAUUUGAUAUCUUUAUAAGCUAACCAGAAAGGAAUUAUAGUGGAGAAAAAAAUAACCUUUGGAGAUCGAAUGAUGUAUUCAGAUCCCAAUAGAAUUAAAUAGAUCUUAUUAAAUUUAUUAAGUAAUUCCCUAAAAUUUACUGAGAAGGGCAAAAUAAAUAUUUUGGUUGAUUAUAAAUAUACAGAAUCAGACAGCUAGUAUAAAAUCAUCACAAUCAGUGUCUCAGAUACAGGAGUAGGCAUCCCAGAUAAUAUUAAACCAAAGUUGUUUUAAAUGUAUGGUACUUUUGACUUCACUAAUAAUGGGUCAAACAAACAUGGUAUUGGCUUGGGAUUGGUUAUAUGCAAAAAGCUAGUGGGAUUGUUGGGUCCAUCUGAUAAAAUUGAAUUGAAAAGUUAAGUUGGAAUAGGAUCAACUUUUAGUUUUGAUGUAUAUAUCGAUAUUGAUUAAAGAAAUACUAUUUCUAAACAAUAUCAAAAGGAAAUGACUAAUAUUUAUAAGUAAGAUACUAAAUAAAGUUUAUGUGAUCAUCAAAAUACUAAUUUACUCAUAACUUCCUAAUUCACUAUUUUCAACUAAACAAUUCAUUAACCAACAAUUAACAAUAAUUUGAGUGGGAUGGCAAAAAAGCUCAAUAAGAAAUCCAUAUCAACUUUAUAGGAAAUUAACGAUAAGAAGUCUCACAAAGCAUAAUAAUUUCGAACCUUAAAUCCAAAAAAACCAAAGAAAAAAUCUUUACUUUAAAGAGAAAAUUCCAUUAAUAAUGUUUCCCUAAUUCUAGAGGAUUCUGACUAUUCUAAAACAAGAAAUAUAGAAUACUAUUUGGAGUUUCAUAACGAUAUUACUUAUGCAACAUAAUUAUUUAAAAACCAAAGAUAAAUUGAAAUGAAUAACAGUCCUAUAAAUACUCCGUUUUAUUAGAAUGAAAGUUCUGAGUCUCCAGCUAUGCAUAUUAGACAGCGUAAACCGUUGUAAUUCACUGAAUCAAUUGAGGAUAUGAUGAGAAUCUUAUUUCCAGAACCUUGUACAAUUUUAGUCGUUGAUGAUUCACCAGUUAACGUAUUUGCAUUCAGAUUAAUCAUGCAAAAAUACGAUUUCAUAACUAUUGAAGAAGCAUACAACGGAGAAUAGGCUCUUUAGAAAAUUAGGAUGAAUAUACAAAAUGAUAGGAAGUAUUAAUUUAUUUUCAUGGAUUUAACCAUGCCUAUCAUGAAUGGAUACGAAGCUACUGAGUAGAUUCGAAUUAUGAAGGAUAAUUUAAUAGAAAAAAGUUUCAUAAUUGCCCUGACAGGAUAUGACGAUCUCAAGGAGAAAGAGAAAUGUUAAUAAAAAGGUUUUGAUGCAUUUGUUUCUAAGCCUAUCAAAAUUAUUGACAUUAUCUCUGUAGUUAAUGAAGUAAAAAAUAUAAAAGACCCUUAAAUUUGA